AUGGCGAACACACUUGGAAAACGCAAGCGACUAGGUGAGCAAGACGACUCGAAAGACUAUAUUGAACCGGAUGAAGACAUUCGAACACGAUUCCAGCGGGCCUUUGAGGCCAAGUUCAGGCCGCUCCCGGAACCUGUCAAACGAGCCAUAUCUCCAACUUCAGAGUUGAGUGAAGGUGAGAGCGCAGAGUCGGAUUGGGAUGGGAUUCCUGAGCAUCCAAACGAAGUACAAGUUUUCCAGCACGAGGUCGCAAACGUGACGACUAUAGACGAACCUUUAGCGGAUGCAAAGUCAUUCAUGGUAUGCUCACCACGGGAAGCUCGCGUUCGUACGAGCAAAGUACCAGCUUCGGCGGAGGAGGACUCAUCCGAAGCGGCGAAUCUUAAGCAUGAUCUCGCUUUACAGCGCUUGCUAAAGGAAUCACAUCUACUCGACCCUUCAGCUUUUUCAGGUGCAGCCGCUGUAGAAGGCAAAGGCAGACUAAAAGCGCUGGAUCUUCGUCUUCAGGACCUAGGCGCGAAGAAGCCACUCUCCGAACAGAAAAUGCCGCUUGCGCACCGUCAGGGGAUCAAAACCAAGGCGGCUGAUCGGGAGGCAGUACGGAGAAGGGAGGCAGUCGAGAACGGCAUCGUGCUCGAAAGGGCGUCCGCAGCUCCGAAGACCGCCCUGAAGCGCCGGGAUCGUGGCAUUGGAAAGCCGGCUGUUGGGAAGUUCAGAGGUGGGACUCUGAAGUUGAGUUCGAGGGAUGUGAGGACGAUCGAGGGGCCCAAGGCGCGCAGUAAACGGAAAGGACGGCCGAUAUAG